ACAGAAAUGGUUUAGUUUUUAGGGGUUUGGAAGAUUUUUUCUUUUUUCUUAAAUCAUCAGAAGAAAGCUCUGUGGGGUAACACAUUUUGUUUCUUUUGCUGCAUCAGAUAAUUUCAGUAGAAUGAUGAAACUCAGAGUGUUCCUUGGGCUGCUCCUCAUGGAGAUGUGUUCAGCCUUGUAUGAAAAUGUGGCCUUGCGUGGAAAAGCGACCCAGUCAAAACGCUAUUUGCACGCGUUUGGUGCUGCCUAUAAUGCUAUUGAUGGAAACCGUGAAUCUGUCUUCGAUCAUGGAUCAUGUACCCACACUGCUGAAGAGACCAACCCCUGGUGGAGAGUCGACCUCCUGGAGUCCUACAUUGUCACCUCCAUCACCAUCACCAACAGAGGAGACUGCUGUGAACACAGGAUCGAUGGGCUGCAGAUCCGCAUAGGCAACUCUAUAAUAGACAAAGGCUUAAAAAACCCGUUGGUUGGUACAAUUGCUAAAAUUGGCGCAGCUGAAUCGUUCAGUCUACCUUUCUCUGAUCGUGUGGAGGGACGUUAUGUGACUUUGGUUCUACCUGGUUCGGGAAAGUACCUUACACUCUGUGAAGUGGAAGUCUAUGGGUACCGUGCCCCAACUGGAGAGAACCUGGCACUCCAAGGAAAAGCCAUACAGUCUUCAUUGUAUUCCAUGGGCGCUGCAAAUAAUGCCAUAGAUGGGAAUCCAAGCAGCAAGUGGGAAGACAGCUCCUGCAGUCACACUAACAACGACAUCAGCCCCUGGUGGCGACUGGAUCUGCGCAAAACCCAUAAAGUGUUUUCUGUUAAGAUAACUAACAUAGAUUCAAACCCAGAACGACUCGAUGGAGCUGAGAUACGAAUUGGAGAUUCCCUUGCAAACAAUGGCAACGACAAUACCAGGUGUGCUGUGAUCACAAGUAUCCCGGCAGGCGGUGUUGCUGAAUUCCAGUGUAACGGGAUGGACGGUCGCUAUGUUAACAUUGUCAUUCCAGAAAGAGAGGAGUUCCUGACUCUGUGUGAGGUGGAAGUGUACGGCUCCAGACUGGAUUAGGCCAGACAAAGUUCAAAAUGAAUAACAGCGACAUUUUGCUCUUAUAUGUACUCAUAGUAACUGGAACAAUUUUCAAUGUAGUCAGAAAAAAAAAACAUGUAGUAACAAGUGGCAUAAUUUGUGUCUAAAUUACUUCCUCUUGAAUUCAUUAUCUCCUAGUAUGACAGAGAUUGCAUUGUGGGAUUUUUAGCAAGAAGUAGUGCACAUGCUAUGGACACCUGACUUUUGUUUCAUUGUGUGUUUUUCAACCGCACUACUUAGAGUCUUGUCAUUAAAACAGCCUAUUGUCCUUUUCAUUUUGUCGUUAUUGGUCUGGAUCAAAACCUUUUCUUUAAAGAAACAUUUAAAGUUUAAUCGCACAAAUUGAUCACCACAAUUGAGUGAUAACUUGUUACUUGUUAUAACUAGUUGUAUAACUAACUGCUUUAACUGUUCUGCUCAAGGGAGUUUUCCUUGACAUUGUCGCCAAGAGCUCGCUCUUUGUGGUAAUUGUUGUUUUAUUGUUGUUAAUAUUACAAAGACUAUGGUCUAGACCUGCUCUACAUGAAAAGUGCAAUGAGAUAAUUCUGUCUAACUGUAUAAAUGAAAUAGCAUUGAAUUAAAAACGAUUCAAAAUAUA